UUGACCGAGUUAUCGAAUUUUCAAAGCAGAAAAAUGGUGAUAUCUCGAUGGGAAAAAUUCGUAGAUUCACAAAAAACAAUUCUCAAAAUGCGUGUCAAAUAUAAUGCCGUGAAAUUUGGAAUAAAUUACGGGAAAAGAAUUUCAACGGGCUACUCAACUAUUUUAACGUCAAUUAUACUGAAGAAAUUUAUAAAUUACGCAUUAAUUUAUGUGAUUUGAUGCGUUCAUUCUUAUUCGUAUGAUGUGCAAUUUCAAUCUACAAAUGACCGUAUGAGUAGGAUUUUCACUUGGAAGUAUGAGAUGGGGAUUAACGGAAUGGAUAAGGAGUGGUGGAAUUGUUAUGCCGGUGAUUUCAAUUCGUCAGCGUUUUGCUUCACCUUUUGCUAUCGUGUCAACGACAAAGGAUGUAACUGCUCCAUUCGUUUUGAAAAUGAUUCCAAAUCUGUGCGGCGUAAUUAGUGAUGGAAAGUAACUCAUGAAUUUGUGGGGACACGUACAACAGUCGAACAAAAACGUAAUGUUAAUAUACCCAAAUCGUGACGUUAUGGUCAGCAAUGCGUGAACGAUUAUGUGAUGAAGACAGAGAAACAAUCAUUAUCCGGAUUUACCAGAGAAAAGACGCGGACGAGUUUAUUCCAUCCACGUAACUCAACUGCUUUCAUAUACAACAGCUGCGAUCGCGCGUCUCAAUAUACGCACUCCACAAUUCGUCCACCCUCAACUAAACACAAUGUGAAUUAAGACUACGCUUCUACGUUAUAUUAUACCUACCAAAAUGGGUUCGGGCGAAAAGCAGUUGGGCACUUCAUCCCCUUCUGGACAAAAAAAAAAAGUGAAGCUAAACCGUAUGACGAGUCUUCAGCUGGUGACAUCCUCCGUUCCAAAAAAUAUCAAGUACCAAACGACACCUUCGCUUUUACUUACGCGUUGGGUGCGCGCUGCCGGUUAUCCACAAGCCCCAGAACCGGAAGCGGAUGACUCUUGGACACCGGAAGACAGUCUGGAGUACGGAAGUCCACCCCCGAUAGAAGAACCACAUUGGCAUUCCAUGACCUACAGCGAAAGCUCUUUUAUUGAAGAUGGAAAAUGCGCCAUCAGAGUCUGCAGGGAUACUGUUAAAACUUUGGUAACCGAACACGCGCGAGGUGUCGGUGUGCGGUUACAAUUAUUGGAAGGCUUAGAGUUAGGUCGUAUAACCGCCGAGAACAUGAAGCAUGUCUUGGAGACGUGUAGUUUGGCAGAAAUAAAUGCGUUAAUGUUGUACGCAAGUUUUCUUGGCCGCGGUGAUCUCCUUCCGAGUUUUUUGGACGUUAGAGCUGAUCUCAAUCACGCUGAACCAGAGCAGGGAUUAACUGCGCUGCAUCUUUGCGCGUAUAGUAAUUCGUUGGAUGGCGUGAAAUUUCUUAUCAGAAACGGAGCUAAUAUUACAUCGAGAAAGAUAUACACCCCUUUCCAAUACGCAGCUUUUGGCAAUUCGUACGAAGUCGCUAGAUUAUUUCUUGUCGAAAGGAUACCGCAAGAGAAUCCUGGUGGCGAUGAAACCGUUUUACAUUGUGCGGCAAGAACAAACGCUCUUGAUGUAUUGAGAUUAAUAGCGCCGAAUAAUCCCUCCUUAAAUUCAUUGGACUGUGCUGGAUUUGCACCUAUUCAUUACGUCACCGAUCGAGAACAUCCUGGUUGCCUAGCAGAGCUAUUGAAAGCGGGAUGUAGCGUGGACGUGACGACAAGAAAAGGUGACACCGCUCUUCACUUGGCUGCUGAAGCCGGAUGCGCUGAAAACCUUGAAAUACUUUUGGAAAAGGGAGCGGAUCCAGCCCUGAAAAACCACAGAGCUCAAACCGCCCUUCAUCUUGCGGCUAGGGCGCAUUCAUUGGAAAGCGUAGAGGUCCUCCUGAGGGUCGGGAGAAGCGAUCCCAAUGCGGAAGAUGACGAUGGAAGAACACCACUUCACGUCGCCCUUGGUAGAUCGACUCUAGCUUUCGAUGUGAGCGAGUUUUUAGUCGGUUGGAAGGCGAAUGUUAAUAAAGCCGACAAGUACGGUUAUACACCCCUUCAUGUGGCUGCUCUGAACGAACUGUCGCAAUGCGUUGAUAUCCUGAUUCAACACGGCGCCGAUCUCACCGCCAGAACUAAGGGUGGAACAACCGCGCUUUCCAUAAUUCUUAGGAAGACACCAACGUCGUUGAACGUCUUCAAACAACGGUUGGAUACUUCGAUAGCCCUGAGACAACACGGAUCGGCUACGGGAGAGGUGGAAUUGCGACUCGAUUUUCACCCACUUCUUCAGCAUGGUCAACAAGGCGAGAUUAGGUACCUAAAUACCUUUGUAGAAGAAGGAUACAAAGAAAUCCUCGAGCACCCAUUGUGUCAGGCUUUCCUUCAUCUGAAAUGGCAGAAAAUAAGAAGGUACUACUUCGGAAGACUCAUAUUCUAUCUUCUUUAUGUUUUGGUACUGACUGCUUGGGUCAUGACCGCUUUCGCGCACAAUUGUUACAACGAAGAUAAGUUGAGUGAACUGAAAUCAACAAAUGAUAGCGGACUUUGCGGGGAUCCAACCAUAGUCUACGAGUUCCUAAACAGAUAUCCCGCAAUUCUUGAUAUUGAGUGGUAUAUCCUAACAAUUUUAACUAUUUUCGAAGCGAUACGCAAACUGGCUGAUAUAUCAAACUUCAUUUGUAUUGUUCAGUUCUUCACCCAAGUGGACAAUCUCGUUGAAUGGGCUGUCGUUAUCAGCGUAUUGGCAACUUCAUUCGUUUACACGGGAGAGACGUACGGAUGGCAAAACCACGUUGGUGCCUACGCGGUUUUAUGCGGUUGGGCAAAUUUAAUGCUGAUGAUAGGUCAGCUUCCAAUGUUCGGCGCCUACGUUGCGAUGUUCACAAGUAUUCAGGCUCAGGUCUUCAAACUUCUGAUGGCUUACGCCUGUCUACUUGUCGGUUUCACAGCAAGCUUUUGCGUUAUGUUUCCAAAGUCAAAAUCCUUCAGCAGUCCUCAUACCGGACUAAUAAAAGUCCUGGUGAUGAUGACCGGAGAGGUAGAUUUUGAGGAUCUAUUUUUCCCUAGUGACGACGACAGUCCCGACGUAAUCGGUUCCAAAGGUAUAUCUUGGUUCCUACUCCAAGUAUCAUCGCAGCUUUGUUUUCUGAUAUUUCUUCUUUUCGUAACUAUUGUUCUAAUGAAUCUUCUUGUUGGUAUCGCCGUUCAUGAUAUCAAAGGACUGCAAAAGACCGCUGGAUUAGCGAAACUCGUUCGCCAAACUAAACUUAUAUGCGAAACUGAGACCGAUUUAUUCCUUGGGCUGCUACCUAGAAGACUUAUAAAAAUGUUGAGAUGGUCCGCGCUUGUUCUUCCCUCUUCGAUGAGGGUUGUUCUAACGGUACGUCCAUUAAAUCCCAGAGAAAAACGACUUCCUUCCGAAGUCCUUGCUGCAGCUCAUAAAAUCGCUAGAGAUCGGAAAAGUACCCCUAUUAGCGGUGCCAUUUGCGGUAACAGGGCAAGCAUCUCUACCGCGUACACUUAUUUAAACAGCGAUGCACGUUCGACUCUUCGUCGAGGUGUACCCAUCGAGGAUGACGAGGAUGAUGAUGUCGACAAUCGGGAUACCGGAGAAGAUGCGGAAGGCGGAGGGGUGGAUAAUGAUAAUUUACAAUUAGAACAGUUGAGAGAAGAAAUUCUUGAACUGAAAAAAGUCUGUAAUCAGAAUCAGAAGCUCAUUCAAGAUCUAGUCAUGGCCUUGGCGAUGGACGAAAGGCGCUACCCUGACCAGGCCCAAAAGCGAAAUUUCUAAAACUUCGCGAAAUCUGCUUAGAUAUUUGAGUAAAAUCUAUUGUUUUUCCGAAUUUCUCAUUUUAAUCAGCUCUGCGUGGAAUAAUUCUUUCAUCUCAUGUAAAAAUGAAUCAUUGCGUAGUUCUACUAUACGAUUAUAGUCAGUUAUUCGAUUAGGAUCAAUGUUAGCGAAUAUAAAUAAAUUACUUUUAUGCUUUUUAAGGGAUAUUUGUUUUUCUGGAAGAAAACUAAAUGGAAAUAUCUUUUAAUAAAUGGUGUUGACUAAU